CACCUGCCAGUGCCCAUCAGUGCCAGCUGUCAGUGCUCAUCAGUGCCACGUGCCAGUGCCCAUCAGUGCCACAUCAAUGCCGCAUAUCAGUGCCUACCAGUGCACAUCAAUGCCACAUAUCAGUGUCCAUCUGAGCUACCUUUCAGUGUCACCUAUCAAUGCCAGUCAGUACCACCUAUCAGUAUUGCCAAUCAGUGCCACCUAUUAGUGCCAUGCCCAUCAGUGCCACCGAUCAGUGUCCAUUAGCGCAGCCUAUCAGUGCCCAUCACUGCAGCCUCAUUAGCGCACAUCAGUGAAGGAAAAAAAUCAGUUAUUUACAAAAUUUUAUAA